AUGUCUGAUAAUAAUGAAGAACCUAUGCCAGUUGUAAUUGAAGGUGACAAAAAUGUAAGAGAUAAAAUUGAUCAAUGGUUAAGAAGUAGCCAAAUUGAUUUCAAUUACAAAAUCACUACAAAUUUUUUUACUGGUGAAAAAGAAAAUCAUUCUGAUGUAAUUGAUCUUUGGAAAGAAGAUUAUGAGACAUCUGAAAAUAAGAACAAAUUUAAAAUUAUGAAAAUAACCAGACAAAAUAAAUUAAAACAUCAAAAUGUUUCUGGUAUAAAAGGCACUAGUAAAUCUGGAAAAAGAAUUGAGGUUUUUUUAUUAUGUUUUAAUACUAGUGAUGAUGAAAUUACUUAUGGUUGUAUUUCUGGUAAUGUUUCAAUUACAUCAGAAAAUAAGGAAAUAGUUGAAAAAAUUAGAGGUCAUCCUGAAGAACUAGCUAGUGUUAUUUUUUCUAAAUCAAAUCCAAAAUAUAAUAAAAUAAAUAUUCCAAUCAAUUUUAAUCCUGAACAAGUUUUGAAACUACGUGAAGCAAAUCCAAACUAUGAAUAUCAAAAAACAGUAAAUAAUUUUGUUUCUGAUCCUGAAGUUCAUGAAGCAAUAAUUGAAAAUUGGAUUGAAGAGUAUGAUAAAAAUAUUAAAAAUUCUUUAGAAAA